GACGGAACUCUGUCCCCAUCGCCCCCAUCCUCGUCAGAGCGCAGUGCUCCUCUUCUCUCCGCUAUAAGCCCCCAAAUCCUAUCUCUUUUUAUCUUCCAAACGCCCAUUGCUCAUUGGCCCCCUCGCUUCAAUCCACGGCCCCUCAUCAAACCCCUCCUCGUCUUCCCCCCACCUCCCCCGUCCCAUCUCAUCCCAUCAUGCCGUCAGGUGCGAAGAAGAGGAAAGCCGCACGCCGCAAGAAGGAGAUGGGACAGGGCGCCCACGCUCCCCAUUCCCCGACCUCCCCUCCCGCUCCUCCUUCUCCUUCAGGCGGCGGUGACGGCCACGGCCACCACCGCGAGGAGGACAGCGCCAGCAGCGGUGAAGAAGAUGCUGCCGAUCGUGAGACCGCCGUGGUCAAGAGGGAGGAGGCAGCCGCGCCUGUAUCGAAAGAGGUUCAAGAAGUGAGCGUGGAGGUGGCACCCGUGCCUGCAUCGGAAGAGGCCCAAGAAGUGGGUGUCAACUUGGUACGGGAUGGAGCUCCAGAGGCAGGCGUCGUAGCGGAUUUUCCGGCGGUUGUUCCUGUCGAUGGGUCUUCUUCCGCGAAAGAGGAGGUCAUGGAGGUUGCCCAGCCUGCGGCCGAUCCUUCCAAGACCUCGAUCGAUGUGGACUCCUUGUCACAUGGAACUGAACAGAAGCCAGUCACUGUCCUCAACAAUUUGGUCAGCCAAGUGCCUCGUGAGAACACCGAGCUAUGCCGUGGGACAGCCGAUUCUGAGGUUUCAGUAACACUACUAGAGCGCCGAGCCACCUGGUGGAAUUGCUGUGGAUUAUUUGAUGUUCUUACAGGAUCCAGAGAAAAUAGCAGCAGGACAUGAUGAUGCAAAAAGGAGACAUGAAUAAGAACUGCUUCAGGAUGCCUUAUUCUUCAAUGCUUAUAAGAGUAUGUGCUGCACAAAGGUACUUCAAUGUCGGCAACCCGACACAAUGGCACGAUACAAUUCCUUUGUUCUGACGUAUGGAUGUCGUGUAGCAGUAGCUGCUAUCGGUUCUUUUUCAUUGGUACAUGUGAAACCUUACCAUUUGUUAUCUUGUUUAUAGUCUUCUUUUUAUGCCAAAAGUUUGCUUGUUGAGUCUUGGCAGUCACAAUUCAAUCGGAAUUUGUUCUCGUCUUCUGUAUGUUAGUAAAAGCUUGAUUUGAAUCA